AUGGGAAGCAAAUUUUUGCUCCAUCUGUUGCUUUGUGCUGUUCUGGUUCUGCUGAGUGUGUCUCUUUCACAAGGAGAAGAUGCAUACAAGUAUUACACGUGGACCGUGACAUAUGGAACUCUUUCUCCACUAGGUAGUCCUCAACAGGUCAUUCUUAUCAAUGGUCAGUUUCCUGGGCCUCAACUGGAUUUGGUAACUAAUGACAAUGUUGUGCUCAACCUUGUCAACAAGUUGGACGAACCGUUUCUUCUUACUUGGAAUGGCAUCAAACAAAGGAAAAACUCAUGGCAAGAUGGGGUCCUAGGAACCAACUGCCCUGUUCCUCCAAACUCAAAUUACACGUACAAGUUUCAGGCCAAGGAUCAGAUUGGAACCUACACAUACUUUCCAUCAACUUCACUGCAUAAAGCAGCUGGAGGGUUUGGAGGACUCAAUGUGUACCAUAGAUCUGUCAUCCCAGUUCCUUAUCCAUACCCUGAUGGAGAUUUCACUCUUCUCGUUGGUGAUUGGUACAAGAUCAACCACAAGGCAUUAAGGGAGUCUUUGGAUUCUGGAAAAUCUCUUGCCUUUCCCGAUGGUCUUCUUAUCAAUGGUCAGACUCACACUACCGUAAAUGGUGACCAGGGAAAGACCUAUAUGUUCAGGAUCUCAAAUGUGGGCAUGUCAACAUCAAUAAACUUCAGAAUUCAGGGUCACACUCUGAAGCUAGUUGAGAUUGAAGGAUCACACAUUGUCCAGAAUGUAUACGACACACUUGAUGUGCACGUUGGACAAUCAGCUGCUGUGUUGGUAACCUUAAAUCAGCCUCCAAAGGACUACUACAUUGUUGCCUCAACAAGAUUUUCCAAAAAAAUUCUCACAGCAACGGCAGUGUUACAUUAUUCAAACUCUAAUUCCCCAGCUUCUGGACCCCUGCCUAGUCCCCCCAUUCACCAAUAUCACUGGUCCGUGAAGCAAGCUAGAACCUACAGAUGGAAUCUGACAGCAAAUGCUGCGAGGCCUAACCCUCAAGGGUCAUACCAUUAUGGAAAAAUAACUCCUACAAAGACAAUUGUAUUGUCCAAUUCCGCUUCUUUGAUUAAUGGAAAACUGCGUUACACUGUCAACAAGGUGUCCUAUGUUAACCCUGACACCCCUCUCAAGCUUGCUGAUUACUUCAACAUUCCCGGAAUCUACAGUGUCGACUCAAUCCAAAGCCUUCCUUCUGAUAACACUCCCACAUCCGUAGCCACCUCCGUAGUGCCAACUUCUCUCCACGAUUUCAUUGAGGUCGUUUUCCAGAACAACGAAAACACCAUGCAGUCUUGGCAUCUUGAUGGUUAUGACUUCUGGGUGGUGGGUUAUGGUUUUGGUCAGUGGACACCAGCCAAGAGAAGAACCUAUAAUCUAGUUGAUGCCCUGACCAGACACACUGCACAGGUUUAUCCAAACGCUUGGACUAGCAUCUUGGUGUCCUUGGACAACCAAGGAAUGUGGAAUCUGAGGUCUGCAGUAUGGGAAAGGCAGUAUCUUGGGCAACAGUUAUAUCUGAGGGUUUGGACUUCUGAGCGAAGCCUUGCCAAUGAAUAUGAUAUUCCCAACAAUGUGUUGCUUUGUGGCAAAGCUGUUGGACAUAACAAUCCCUAG